GGAGGAGGGAGGAGACGGGCGACCUGACAGCGACGGCCUCGGCCGGCGCAAGCCGCCCCCUCCCCAGGGACGGCCACCGAGUCGGCGGCCGACUUGUCGGGCCCUCGCGGGGCAGCUGGGACGCGGCCCCGGGCCCGCAGGCGGGGUCUCGGCGCUGGGGCGCCACCUCGGCCGGCGCGGCGGGAGGAGACUGUCUAGACGUCGGGCGGCCCGCGCCCGCCUUCCCCGCCCCCACCGGAGCCUCGGGCCUGUGGAGCGCGCGGGCCGCGGGGACACCCGCCCCGGGCGGGCCCACACGGCCCGGAGCUGCCUGGAGUAAAGGCAUGACUGCCCGGCGCCGCAGGGAAAAUAGGGUGCAAGCCCAGAAACUCUUUCCCCACCACCACCUGUUGAAAAACUGAUUCGAAGGCGUCUCCGGGUCUGAACAAACGGAAAGUUGCUCGGGUUGGAUGCGGCUCUAGUUUUGCACCGGAAAGCCCUGACUGCUUACUAUCAAGGAAAAAGCAAAACACUGGAAAUUAAGCCGAAGAACUGUACUCAGUCAAAAUGGAACGGUUCGUAGUAACAGCACCACCUGCCCGAAAUCGUUCUAAGACUGCUUUGUAUGUGACCCCUCUGGAUCGAGUCACUGAAUUUGGAGGUGAGCUUCACGAAGAUGGAGGAAAGCUCUUCUGCACUUCUUGCAAUGUGGUUCUGAAUCAUGUUCGCAAGUCUGCCAUCAGUGACCACCUCAAGUCCAAGACUCACACCAAGAGGAAGGCAGAAUUUGAAGAGCAGAAUGUGAGAAAGAAGCAGAGGCCCCUGACUGCAUCUCUCCAGUGCAACAGUACUGCGCAGACAGAGAAAGUCAGUGUUAUCCAGGACUUUGUGAAGAUGUGCCUGGAAGCCAACAUCCCCCUGGAGAAGGCUGAUCAUCCAGCAGUCCGAGCGUUCCUGUCUCGACAUGUGAAGAACGGAGGAUCCAUACCUAAGUCAGACCAGCUGAGGAGAGCCUAUCUGCCUGAUGGAUAUGAGAAUGAAAAUCAGCUCCUCAACUCACAAGAUUGUUGACAAGGCAGUUCUGACCAUUGUGAUCAAGAUAAAUAAUGUGGAGUAUUAAAGUUAAUGUGUUGAUUGUGUGGUUCAUUUUUAUAUUUAUUUCAUUAAAAUCAUGUGAUACAGAAUAGUUUUGCAAUGUGUAUAUAGUUGCAGGCAAAAGAAAAAAAACUUCACUGCAAAACGUAUUGCUAAUUUUAGUCACCGAUGGUAUAAAGCAAAACUUAGCUAUAGAGUGUAUUAGGAUAUCUGAAACUUGGUGGUUAUCUUUAAACCUGAUGGCUUUUCUCCUGAAAUGUUUGUGCAUGGAAGGACUGCCCUGCGCUGUAGCCGUGUUGCCAUAUAUGAUUAUUUCUUGUGAGGUUACUGAAUUAUUUGGAUUGAGAACUAGCCUAGAAAAUUGAAGCUGCUGCCAGGCUAUACCCGUCACAGGAACUUGAAGUUUGAGUUCUUUUCAAAAAUAGAAGGCGGGAAAUGUUCUUAGAGCUUGAGAUCUCUAGGAGAAAUGACUGUUCAGACUGCAUUUGAUUUGUAUGUAAAAUAAUUGCCUAACCUUUACUUCCUCACGGUCUUCUUUGCCUUUUUAAAGACUUGUACUUUGGUAGCAGCUUCAAGUGACCAAAAGACUAAAAUCUCUUAAUGUCUUUGUCAAAAGCCAUGGGGGAUUUUGCAGUGAUGAGAUUUUCGUCUCGAACUAUGAACACAAAUUUUUGAACCAUAGUUUUCAUGUUAAAUACCAUCUUGGAUUUGCAAACUUUUUGGGUUUUUUGUUUUGUUUUGUUUUGUUUUUCAUUUAAAUACACUGUGGUUCAGUUUCCUCUUUUGACAGGGAAUUAGUACCUUUUUGGCUGACAGUAAAUAAGAAAAUUGCUUUCUAUACAUUAAUUUUUCCAUAAGAGUUUAUUUAGGUAAAUAGACUAGAAAUGAGUUUUAGUUUGACUUAUACUGCUUUGCCUCUGGUGAUACAGGUUUUAAAACUUGGAUGCUAAACAGUUAUCUAAAAAAUGAGGCAAGAAUUUUAUAGUAGAGAUAAUAAGCAGGAUGCUGCUUAGCUGUUUGAGUCAGAAAGAAUCAGUUCUGUUAAAGGUCAACCAUGCUUAGGUUCUCUGAACCUCACUGUUCUUCAAGCUUAUUAGAAGGAAGUUAGCUCAAAUAAGUCCUCCUCAUCAGAUCCAAAUUAUAUUUUUUAAAAGUUUAGUAACAGAAGACUUACUUAGAGCUUUAAUAUAAAAAUAAAAAAUCAAAUAGUUGAAAACAUUGAAGUUAUAUUUCUACUGUAAAUCAGUGGCAAGAUGCCCUGUGUGACUUGGAGUUACUUUCAGGUCAUUGUGCCGCAAAUUUCCAUUAAACAAAAGCCAAAGUUAGUAAAAAGUAAUAUAAUUUGUGGGGUUGGUUUUUGUUUGGUUUGGUUUGGUUUUGUUUG